GUCGACAACCAGAAACGUCCCACAGAGGUCCCGGUUGGUUCACUACGCGAUGAGAAACGGCCAAGGCGUCAGUCCGAUGUAGCUCGGCAUUACAAUCCAGCCCCCGACGAUGUUCCGGAGAGUGAGGAUAUUGUCCUGGAGGGUGAGGAUUUUGAGGAAGACGACAACGCGAAACCUGUCCGGUUAUUAGUGGACUUUGUAAUAUUCGAUUCCAAACACGACAGAAUAACAUGUCCGCCCGAUGUACCGGAUUGUGACGCUCGGGGACAUAUAGAGCGGAAGCUGGAAGCUGUUGGGCUCGCAUCAGCCGCCUUCGUCAACGAGCAAGACGAAGAUGAAGUCGACGAUGCCGGGGUCCGUCUCCACCUGCCCGACAUCCUGGGCUACACCCUCGAUUACACGAAAUUCAGCGAUCCUCUAUACAUGGAGACCCCUCACGCAUGGUACAUACUCGAUUCCCCCUCGCACCUCUAUAGGCCAAUUUGGGACCAGUUCAUUCGCCCGCACCGCAUUGCCCAGUUCGUCUUAUCCAGUGCACUGAUCGAACCACGCCAGGACCCUGCCGCAUUCCUCGAGUACUUUACGAUGGCCUGGGACGACAUUCUCGAGCGGCCCUACGCAGAAUCCGACAUACAAUCCGCCAUCCCCGUCAUCAAAGCUGCGAUCAGUAAGAGCAAAGAGAGCAAGGCGCUCAUGGGCAGCACGGUCGUCUGCUCCCUGUUGAAUAUCCAUGCGCCCGACGCUCUCUACGCGCCAGCUGAGCAGAGCCAGCCGCGCUGGUCGGGGAGCCUCGACCUUGCAGUCCUGCAGCCACGGAACCAGAAUCCCACACACGUUACGCCCCUCAUAGCCUCCCUCGCCUCCGGGCUAUUCCGCGAGCGCCUCGUCGUCGUGGGCCCGCCCCCGCCUCGGAAAGACCGAGAGACUAUCCGGCGGGAGAGGGCCCAGGAGGACGAGGCGAAGCAGCGGAUGCUUUUCUUGCUCUCAAGGCUUAGACAACCAAGGAGAGUGGUGCGGCUUGUGAAGAAUCGGGUCUCUAGACCUGUAGUGCUGAACCAACCGGUUCUGCGUGUCGACGAUAUUGAGUACUCGAUAGGAGACACUAUUAUAGUCCCAAUGAGGCAGGAAGGCUCUAAUCCCCCCCACAAGUUCCCGACCUGUGAAGCCGAAGUCCCUGCCUCCGCCAGGAUGACAGAUUACUUCUGGUUUGCCGUGCUUGUGCACGUCUAUGAGGACAGGGACCAAAUUCAUGUCCGGUGGUUCCACCACAGCUCGAAAACGCUCAUGGUGGAAAUCGCGGAUCCUCAAGAAAUAUUCUUGACGGAUAUAUGCGAUGACAUCCCGCUCAGUAUCAUUGCGGGGAAAGCCACUGUCCAUUAUGUAUCUAGAGACGAGCAAGGAUUGAAAUCGAAGCCAGAUAUCGGAUUCCAAGAGCUUAUGUAUAGGGCAGCGGAGGGAUGCUUCCGGGAAAUCCAACCUUCCGAAAUGCCCAUCCCUCCUGGGUCGCGGAACCCACUCAGCGACUGCGCGGGCUGUCUCGUUGAGCAGGAGGAGAGCGAGCACCUUUCUUGGGCCAGGAUUGACUGCGGCAUACGGUAUAUCAGUACUGAUUUCCAUAUUGCUGACUUCGUACUACUUCGGAACAUUGAUGGCCCUGCACACAUCGGGCAAAUCAUGAAAAUUGUGGUACCCCCCAGUAGUGGAUUGAGGAGGGGUCAUCAGCCAAUGCUCAAGAUUCGGAUGCUCGGACGAGUCGGAGAUAUUAUGCAUAAGGCUCCUGCCGAGCUUAACCUGGUCAAGGAUGAGCGACAUCUAUUCUUCACCGGCGAAGUGCGAGACUUCCCCAUGAGCAGUUUGAUCGGUGUUUGCUUCGUUGAACACAUAGGAUGCAUCCCCGAUCGCGCUCUGUGGCUCUCAAUGUCUCACAAGCAUUUCUAUGUCCAAUACACCUCUCCUACCCUGGAGGUUGUAUCGUGGUCUGAUGAGGUUGUCAAGCUCCGACCUAAGGAGGUUGAAAUAUGCACACCAUGUUAUGAUGCCGAGGUGGAUCGCGUGAAGGCGAUGAAGGCGAUGCUAGACGAACUCGCAGAGAGUCCGCUGCGCGUGUUGGAUCCAUUUGCAGGUGUCGGGGCUUUUGCACUAGGUCUCGAGGAGUCAGGAUGCAUGAAGCUGACACAUGCUGUGGAGAUCUCACCUAGCGCCGCCAAGACUCUGAAGCGUAACUCCCCUGAUACAACCGUAUACAACCAGUGUGCUAACAAAAUGCUGCAAUGGGCGAUUAAGCGGCAUGCGGGACAUCAAGUUGACCGGCCAAAGUCUAUUGGAGAGGUCCGACCUCUCCCAAACCCUCCGACCCCAGAAGACAUAGACGUUAUAGUCGCUGGUUUCCCAUGUCAACCGCACUCGCGAUUGAACAUGUUUCAGCGAGCUGAUGAUCGGAAGAGCAAUCUGAUACUCAACUUGCUGUCCUGGAUUGACUUCAUCAGACCGAAGUUCUGUUUCUUUGAGAACGUCCGUGGGUUCCUCAGUUUUAAUCUCAUGUCAUAUCAAGAGUCGAGGUACACGGUAAAGGGUGGGAUAGAGAUGGGCGGACUGAAGUUCCUUGUAAGAGCAUUACUCGCCAUGAACUAUCAACUACGCUUCGCCCUCCUCCAAGCCGGCCACUAUGGCGCACCACAAACACGGGUGCGCUUCUUCAUCAUUGCCGCUCGCCGUGAUCAAACACUAUCAUCCUUCCCUCAACCGACACACGAUUUCCCACCAUCCGACAAUCUGGAUAUCAAAGGACCCAGUGGGGAAGUGUUCCAACAGAUUCGGAUCACUAGAGGGACAGCACCGCACCGCGCUGUGACUGUCAAUGAUGCGAUCAACGAUUUACCUCGCUUCGACUGGUACGUUGUCCGCCGCCAAAUCGCCGACCGCGCUCGCACGAUUCCUCAGGUCCACGUCGAUCUGUUGUUGCCGUAUGCGGGAUUAGAAUUGAAAGGCCGCAAUCUCAGGUAUGAGUGUGAACCGAAGACGAGUUACCAGGUGUGGUGCCGGAACGGCAGGAGGGAAGUACGAGACCUGCAGCAUAUCACGAGAGUUCUGAAGCCCGUGGUUGUCGAGAGGUUAGUGAAAAUACCUCUCAAGCCAAAGGCAGACUAUCGAAGUCUACCACGCAACCUCCAGGAGUGGCUCACGGACAAUCCAUACUCUGCCACUGCCAGGAAAGGGUUCAGACCAGGCUUGUACGGUCGUAUAGAUGGUGACAGCUUCUUUUCUACGACUGUGACAAAUAUGGAGCCUACCGCGAAGCAGAGCUGGGUGUUGCAUCCUUAUUGCAAGCGAACGGUGACAGUGCGGGAACUCGCCCGGUCUCAGGGCUUCCCUGACUGGUUCACGUUCUAUGCCAUUGGGGACAGCGUCAAGACUAUGCACCGGGAAAUUGGGAACGCGGUGUCGUGGCAUGUCUCUAUGGCACUUGGAAGGCAAUUGAGGGAUGUCCUGUUCACGGAGUGGAAACCGAGGGAGACUGAAGACAAUGGGAUGUAUGAAGAUUGAUUGGGUGCCUAGGUGCCUCACGGAACCCCUGCUCCUGUAUUACCUGCCUACCUUUUGAUCUAUGUCGGAUCGCUCAGCGC